UUGGUGAUAUAUAUUGCACUUUCCUCGUAUGCUUUUUAUUGCAUUCAUUAUACUUCCUGUGUUCCCUCCUUUUUUCCGUGAAGAAUCACAUCGUCGAGCGACUCGCUCGAGUGACUUUAGUGCCGAGCAAUCAGCUUUCGCCACGCAUUCCAGAAUUUUAUCGUGACGAACGUUGACAACACGUCAAAAAUGGCAGAUGCGCCCAGUAAAGCAGAUAUCGAAGAAAUUUUCAAGAGACUUCGGGCCAUUCCAACCAACAAGACAUGUUUUGAUUGUAAUGCGAAGAAUCCAGCAUGGUCCAGUGUGACGUAUGGAGUCUUCUUGUGCAUCGAUUGUUCGGCAGUACAUCGCAGUCUGGGAGUGCAUCUUACCUUUGUCAAAUCUACGCAACUUGACACAAAUUGGACAUGGUUGCAUCUCAGAAAUAUGCAGCUGGGUGGUAAUGCCAAUGCUAAAAAAUUCUUUGUACAACACAAUUGUACUACAACUGAUGCUCAGCAGAAAUAUAAUUCACGCGCAGCUAUGCUAUACAGGGAAAAAUUAAGCCAAGCAUCUGCCCAAGCAAUGCGUCGUUAUGGCACAAAGGUUUCCUUUUCUACACCAAAAAAUAAAACAAUGCUGCAUUUAGAGGAAAGUACAGAGAUAGUAUCAGAAGAAACAAAUGAAUCAGAUUUCUUUAAGCAGCAUGAAAAUUUAGAUUUAUACGAAAACAAAACAGUAAUUUCAACAGAAGAAAAGGCAUUCCUCACAUCUAAUACUGUGCCAAACAUUGAUAGUACAGAAAAAAAUGCAUCAGAAGUCGUUUCCAAUUCCUUAGGACCUUCCGUUAAUCUUUUCGAUCCUGCCUCAAAUGUACAAACUGCAAGGAAAUCUACUAUAGGCUGCAGGACUGCGCAAUCCAAACGUCCUGGUGGGUUGGGAAAGAAAGCUGGGAGCUUAGGAGCUCAAAGAGUCAAGACCAAUUUUGACGAAUUGGAGAAGAGUGUUGCAGAGGCACGUAAACAAGCGCAAGAGAAGGACAAGGAAGUGACAAAAGAAGAACAGGAGGAGCUCGCCACGCGUUUAGCCCAGCGGUACGAACAAAAUUUGACUCAACAAGCCAAGAAAGUGGAAGAAAGAGCUAAGCAGUUUGAUCCAUCAAAAGCUACGCAAGCAGAACGGCUUGGAAUGGGAUUUAAUGCACGAAGUGGCGCGAGUCAUUCUGCACUUGGCGACAUGAAGACAAUAACGCAAGAGUCUAAAACCAUAACUUCAACGCCGGAAGUGCUAUCAGCAGAGACGGAUCUUUUUUUUACUUUAGACGAGUUUUACUCAGUUUAUGCUAACAAUAAACCAUCUUCACGCGGUGAUGAGGUUGUGGUCGUGGCAGAACCGGAACCGCCUAAACGAUUAGCCCCUAUGAACCGUAUUGCAAACGUCAAGAGCGAUGUGAAGCCUUCGUCUAUCAUCGAGGGAGAAGCUCAAAAAAAGUUUGGUAGCGCCAAAGCUAUUAGCUCGGACCAAUACUUUCAAGACAGUACUUCCGACAAUGUGUGGGAACGUAAGAAUAAUUUACGUCGCUUCGAAGGUUCGUCCAGCAUUUCAUCGGCUGAUUAUUUCGGUACUGAAAAUUCGAUGCCGACUUCGCCCACCUCUUCGUUAUCUAUGCGUUUGACCGCGGGGAGAGCCGGUGUCGUAGAUCUCGACGAUGUCCGAGAGAGCGUUCGUCAAGGUGUAAAUAAAGUCGCCGGAAGACUCAGCUCGCUCGCAAACGCAGCGGUUUCUUCUAUACAAGAUCGUUAUGGACUUUAAGUGAAAUCUUUUUGCGUCUCACGAAAAUUGUUACAAUACUUGCUAUACGGACCCAGUCUUGUCCAUUGUUCAGAACUGUAAAUAAAAGCUUAUAAUUGA